GCUCAGAAAAAGGCUGCUGAUCAAAAAACCAAAGUGCCAGAACCUAUUAAGACCUGUUCAAGCCAGCCCCAACCUGCCGGUACCUGUACCAGUACUUCCACCAGCACUAUCUCCAGCAGCAGCAAUGGCAAACGUGCGUCCACCAGUGGCCAGCAGCCAGCUGCAUCCCGUUACCUGCCUCGAGAGGUGCCUCCGCGCUUCCGCCAACAAGAACAGAAGCAGCUGUUAAAAAGAGGCCAGCCUUUGCCCACGGGGACUCCGACCAGUGUGCACCCAGCACCGGGCGCUGGGCCUGCAGGGGGGAGCCCUCCUCCCCUCCCUGGAGUUGGGCCACAGCAGCAUUCCAGCAAGCCCCAGCCAGAUCUUGGUCACAGCGCACUGGCAGAUCAUUAUGAAAAUUCUCAGUGGGGACAGCAGCCCUCCUACAGAACUGAAGCCAACUGCAGCUGGGAUAAAGUGAUCACUGACAAGGCUGACCAGGAGGCUUGGCCAGCUGUCCCAGGAGCAGAGAUUGAGUCAGCCUUAGAAUGUCCUGCAGACACUGACUCCGCCUCCACCUGUGGCUCAGAGAACAGUGGCAUGGCUACAGGGAGUGCCCAGGGCAGCUUCACAGGACAUACCAAGAAGACGAAUGGCAAUAAUGGCGCCAGUGGCGCACUCGUCCAAAGCCCUUCCCAUCAGAGUGCCCUCGGGGCAGGGGGAGCAAAUGGGAGCGGAAGUGCGGCCAGAGUGUGGGGUGUAGCCACAGGUUCCGGCUCUGGCCUGGUUCACUGCUCUAUUGGUGGUGGGGAUGGAAAAAUGGACAAUAUGAUUGGAGAUGGGAGAAGUCAGAAUUGCUGGGGUGCUUCCAACUCCAAUGCCGGCAUUAAUCUUAACCUUAAUCCUAAUGCCAACCCAGCUGCCUGGCCUGUGCUUGGACAUGAAGGACCUGUGGCAACAGGCAACCCUUCCAGUAUUUGCAGUCCAGUCAGUGCCAUAGGUCAGAGCAUGGGCAGUCAGAAUGGGAACCCAGCAAGCACUCUAGGUGCUUGGGGAAACCUGCUGCCACCAGAGAGCACAGAACCACAAACAUCCACUUCUCAGAAUGUGUCUUUCAGCGUACAGUCUCAGAACCUUAACACUGAUGGGCCAAAUAACACUAACUCCAUGAGCUCUUCACCAAACCCCGUCAGUGCAAUGCAGACAGAUGGACUGCCAAAUUGGGGCAUGGCUGUUGGUAUGGGAGCCAUCAUCCCGCCCCACCUGCAAGGCCUUCCUGGUGCUAACGGAUCAUCAGUGUCUCAAGGCAGUGGGGCUGGUGGGGAAGGAAUGAGCAGUUCUGUGUGGGGACUGUCCCCCAGCAGCCCUGCUACAGGAAAUAAUAAUCCUGGGUUCAGCCAGGGGAGUGGAGACACUGUGAACUCAGCAUUAAGUGCUAAGCAAAAUGGAUCCAGCAGUGCUGGGCAAAAGGAAGGGAAUGGAGGGAGUGCCUGGGACUCGGGGCCUCCUGCAGGUCCUGGGAUCCUCUCCUGGGGAAGGGGCAGCAGCAGCAGUAGCAGCGGAGUCAGUAAUAUCCAUUCAGGAGCCUGGGGCCACUCCAGCCGGAACUCCUCUAGUGGUGUGAAUGGGGAGUGGGGCAAGUCCCCAAACCAGCAUUCCAAUGGUGAUGUCAGUGGGAAAGGAUCCCCAGGGUGGGAAAGCGUUAGUGUUGCCAACCACUCUCCUGCCCAGCAGCCGGGUGGUGAGCACAUGAACUCGUGGGCCAAAGCUGCAUCUUCUGGAGCCCCAGCAAGUGGAGGAAGUAGUGAUGGCACUGGCAGCCAUGGUGAUGGAGGCACUGGAAGGGAAGGAGCUGCAGAGGGCAGGAGGCGAGAUAAAGGGGUUAUAGACCAAGGGCACAUCCAGUUGCCAAGGAACGACCUUGACCCAAGAGUUCUGUCUAAUACUGGCUGGGGGCAGACUCCUGUAAAGCAAAACACUGCCUGGGAAUUUGAAGAAUCCCCUAGGUCUGAAAGGAAGAAUGACAAUGGGACAGAGGCCUGGGGCUGUGCAGCUACUCAACCUUCAAACUCAGGGGGGAAGAACGAUGGGUCCGUGGUGAACAGUACAAAUACCUCUUCAGUAUCGGCGUGGGUCAGCUCGCCACCCACCGCUGCGCCAGCAAACACAGGUUGGGGAGACAGCAACAACAAAGUGUCCAGUGGCCCAGGGGUGUGGGGGGACUCGAUGAGCUCUACUGCUGUUACUAAUGCUGCUGCUGCCAAGAGUGGCCAUGCCUGGAGUGGGACCGUAAAUCAGGAGGACAAGGCACCCACCUGGGGUGAGACUCAAAAACCCAAAUCCCAAAACUGGGGCGAUGGACAAAGAUCGAAUCCAGCCUGGAGUGCAGGAGCGGGAGACUGGGCUGAUCCGUCUCCUGUCCUUGGACACCUGGGGGAUGGGAAAAAAAAUGGAUCUGGGUGGGAUGCUGACAAUAACAGAUCGGGGUCUGGUUGGAAUGAGGCUGCAAGGUCUGGCACCAGCAGCUGGGGCAAUGGCACAAGUGCAAAGGUGAAUCCAGGUACAAACUGGGGUGAGGCUCUCAAACCUGGUCCCCAGCAGAACUGGACUCACAAGGCCCAAGACAACAAUGCGAGUAACUGGGGAGGAGCUGCUUCUGUUAAGCAGACAGGGACAGGGUGGAUUGGGGGCCCAGCACCAGUCACACAGAAGGAUAGCAGUGAGGCAACUGGCUGGGAGGAGCCCUCUCCACCGUCCAUUCGACGCAAAAUGGAAAUUGAUGAUGGUACCUCAGCUUGGGGGGACCCAAGCAACUACAACAAUAAAACUGUAAACAUGUGGGACAGGAACAACCCAGUCAUCCAGAGCAGUACCACGACCACUGCCACACCCACGACCCCCACCUCGAGCACUGCACAUCGAGCUGAGACGCCACCUUCGCAUCAGGCCGGUGCCCAGCUGAAUCGGUCACCACUGCUCGGGCCAGUUUCAUCAGGCUGGGGAGAAAUGCCUAACGUGCACUCAAAGGCUGAGAACUCGUGGGGAGAACCCUCCUCCCCUGCCACCUUGGUUGACAACGGCACAGCCGCCUGGGGGAAGCCACCCAGCAGUGGCAGUGGAUGGGGGGACCAUCCUGGUGAGCAGGCAGUGACAUUUGGAAGAGCCAGCGCACCUGCCACCGGCCCAGCCCUGUGCAAACCAGCUUCCAAAUCUAUGCAAGAUGGCUGGGGCAGUGGUGGGGACGAAAUGAACCUGGGCCCCAGCCAGUGGGAAGACGAGGACGGGGACCUGUGGAAUAAUGCUGCCUCCCAAGAAAGCGCCUCCUCCUGCGGCUCCUGGGGCAGUGCCUCCAAAAAAGGACUUCAGAAGUCACUGACACAAGCCUUUGCACUUGAACCCUGCUUUGCUCCCCAGAGAGAGCCAGCUGAAGAGGCCUUGAAGAGCAGCAGUAUGAACCUUGACCAGGCCAUGAGUGCUCUGCUGGAAAAGAAGGUGGACAUGGACAAGCGUGGAUUAGGAGUGACCGACUACAAUGGAAUGGUCACCAAACCCCUUGGCUGCCGCCCACCAAUCUCCAAAGAGUCUUCCCUGGACCGCCCCGCCUUUCUUGACAAGCUCACCCUUUCUUUCUCUAAUCAGGAUGGCGGCCUCGUGGAAGAGCCCACGACUUCACCGUUUUUGCCUUCCCCAAGCCUGAAGCUCCCCCUUUCCAACAGUGCACUCCCCAAUCAGGCCCUGGGUGGGAUUGCCUCAGGGCUAGGCAUGCAAAACUUGAACUCUUCUAGACAGAUCCCGAGUGGCAAUCUGGGUGUGUUUGGCAAUAGCGGAGCAGCACAAGCCAGGACCAUGCAGCAGCCGCCAGUGCAGCCUCUUAACUCUUCCCAGCCCAGCCUCCGCGCUCAAGUGCCUCAGUUUCUCUCCCCUCAGGUUCAAGCACAGCUUUUGCAGUUUGCAGCGAAAACCAUUGGUCUCAACCCUGCACUGUUAGCCUCGCCAACCAACCCUCAGCACGUGACUAUGUUGAACCAGCUCCAUCAGCUGCAGCUGGCUUACCAACGUUUACAAAUCCAGCAGCAGAUGUUACAGGCCCAGCGUAAUGUUUCCGGACCCAUGAGACAACAGGAGCAGCAAGUUGCACGCACAAUCACCAAUCUGCAGCAGCAGAUCCAGCAGCACCAGCGCCAGCUGGCCCAGGCCCUGCUUGUGAAGCAGCCUCCGCCUCCCCCGCCGCACCUGUCUCUGCACCCCUCUGCAGGCAAAUCGGCCAUGGAUGGCUUCCCUCCCCACCCCCAGGCUCCCGGCCUACCUGACCUGCAGACCAAAGAGCAGCAGUCUUCACCCAACACAUUUGCUCCCUACCCUCUUGCUGGACUUAACCCAAACGUGAAUGUCAGCAUGGAUAUGACCAGUGGCUUGUCUGUGAAGGACCCAUCUCCGUCCCAGUCACGUCUCCCCCAGUGGACACACCCCAACUCCAUGGAUAAUUUAUCCGGCGCUGCUUCUCCUCUGGAUCAGAAUCCUGGCAAGCAUGGUGCUAUCCCUGGAGGUCUAAGUAUCGGGCCUCCUGGUAAGUCCUCCAUUGAAGACUCCUAUGGCCGGUACGAUUUAAUCCAAAACAACGACUCGCCAGCCAGUCCUCCUGUAGCUGUUCCCCAUAGCUGGUCACGUGCCAAAUCUGACAGUGAUAAAAUCUCAAACGGCUCUAGUAUCAACUGGCCCCCAGAAUUUCACCCUGGAGUUCCGUGGAAAGGGCUUCAGAAUAUCGAUCCUGAGAAUGACCCUGAUGUCACUCCUGGCAGCGUCCCUACCGGGCCUACCAUCAACACCACCAUCCAGGAUGUCAACCGCUACCUCCUAAAGAGUGGAGGUAAGCUGUCGGACAUUAAGUCAACCUGGUCCUCUGGCCCAGCCUCCCACACGCAAGCUUCCCUGUCUCACGAGCUGUGGAAGGUGCCCAGAAACACUACUGCACCUACCAGGCCCCCUCCAGGGUUAGCUAAUCCCAAGCCUUCCUCCACCUGGGGUGCUAGCCCUCUCGGCUGGACCAGCUCCUACUCCUCGGGUUCUGCUUGGAGUACUGACACCUCAGGAAGAACAAGCAGCUGGCUCGUCCUGCGCAACCUCACACCCCAGAUCGACGGCUCCACCCUGCGGACGCUGUGCCUGCAGCACGGGCCCCUGGUCACAUUCCACCUGAACCUCACGCAAGGCAAUGCCGUGGUCCGCUACAGCUCCAAGGAGGAGGCUGCCAAGGCCCAGAAGUCCCUGCACAUGUGUGUGCUGGGGAACACCACUAUCUUGGCCGAGUUCGCCAGUGAAGAGGAAGUGAAUCGGUUCCUGGCCCAGGGCCAGGCCCUGCCGCCCACCUCCAGCUGGCAGCCGAGCGGCGGGAGUGGCCAGUCAAGGCUGGGCGCCUCGGGCAGUACCCACAGCCUGGUGCGCGGCGACACUGCCCACUGGAACACCCCGUGCCUGGGUGGCAAAGGGAGCAGUGACCUGCUCUGGGGUGGGGUGCCCCAGUAUUCUAGCAGCCUGUGGGGGCCGCCUAGCACUGACGACGGCAGGGUGAUCGGCAGCCCCACCCCGCUGAACACGCUGCUGCCCGGGGACCUGCUCAGCGGGGAGUCCAUCUAGGGCGCCAGGAGGAGAGCUGGGCCUAGCGGCCCACCAGUGAGGAGGAGCGCAGCCCUGCCAGCCCGGCACCAUGGCCCAGGGUGGCCACGCGCCUCUUUCGAGUACCUCUGUCCAGUUGUGAAGACGCCAUGGCCGCGGCCUGAGAACUGUGGGAACAGCAGGCCGCCGCCCCGCAGGACGCUCCUCAUAGCUUUUGAUUUUGUGUCGUCUCACGUUCGUACAGUGUGUUGUCGUUUUGAGUUUUAAGUAUAAAAGCUGCUUAGAAUAGUUCUAUCAUGAAGGGCACUUUUCAGAUUGUGGGCUGGAAAGGGUUAUUUUAUCAUG